UUUAUUGAAAACAAAAAGCGCCUGAAAAAUAAACAGUCGAUAUUCAUAAACUUUAAACUCACGUUGGAGUUAGGAGAAGCAAAGUCCUUCAAGCUUCCAGGACGCGCAUCCAUACUUUCUUCAGACCUCUCCAAACUUUCUUUUUUUGGGGGAUCUGAUUUUUUUUACCCCGGGAUUGACUAAAGGGAGAACGUAAAAUAAGAAGUCAGCAGGAGGAUUACUUCACUAAACCUAAUAUUUUAAUUGCAGUUUGUUUUAUAGUCCUCUGUCCAGGGCUCAGUACUGGGCCCAGGAGGAGCCGCCACCAUUGCGUCUAACGAGUGGAGCGCGAACGGCAGCCCAGAGGAGGGGCGGGAGGAUGGUGGUGAUGGGCUGGACAAAACAAUGGACGGUGACGCAGAGGGUGUGUGGAGCCCUGAUAUUGAGCAGAGCUUCCAGGAGGCUCUGGCCAUCUACCCCCCAUGUGGGCGCCGUAAAAUCAUCCUCUCAGACGAAGGAAAAAUGUAUGGUCGCAAUGAGUUGAUAGCGAGGUAUAUCAAGUUGCGGACAGGAAAAACCCGCACAAGAAAACAGGUGUCUAGUCACAUACAGGUGUUAGCACGGAAGAAAGUUCGGGAAUAUCAAGCGGGCAUCAAGGUUUCUAGCCAUUUGCAGGUUCUUGCCCGGAGAAAAUCUCGCGAGAUACAGUCAAAGCUGAAGGCCAUGAACUUGGAUCAGGCUUCGAAAGACAAGGCCCUUCAGAACAUGGCUGCACUUUCUUCUGCACAGAUUGUGUCAGCAAGCGUGAUGAAGAGCCAGCUUCCUCCUCUACCACAGCCUCCCUACCCCCCGCCUACCAGGUUCUGGCCUUCCCCAAUCCCAGGACAACCGGGACCUUCUCAGGACAUCAAGCCAUUUGCACAGCCUGGAUAUCCUAUUCAAAGCUCAGUGCCACCUCCUAUAUCAACCUAUGAGCCCCUGGCCCCUCCGCUUCCCCCCGCGGCCACGGCGGUGCCAGUGUGGCAGGACCGCACCAUCGCCUCCUCCAAACUGCGUAUGCUGGAGUACUCUGCUUUCAUGGAGGUGCAGAGAGACCCUGACACGUACAGCAAACACCUGUUUGUCCACAUCGGGCAGACUAACCCCUCAUACAGCGAUCCACUGCUGGAGGCAGUGGAUAUCCGACAGAUAUACGACAAGUUCCCUGAGAAGAAAGGAGGACUGAAGGAGCUGUAUGACAAAGGCCCACAAAAUGCCUUCUUCCUUGUCAAGUUCUGGGCGGACUUGAAUAGCAGUGUGCAGGAUGGCCCUGGCUCCUUCUAUGGCGUCAGCAGCCAGUACAGCAGUGCAGAGAACAUGACCAUCACCGUCUCCACUAAGGUCUGUUCCUUCGGCAAGCAGGUCGUUGAGAAGGUCGAGACGGAGUAUGCCCGCAUGGAAGGUGGGAGAUAUGUGUACCGAAUUCAUCGCUCUCCCAUGUGCGAAUAUAUGAUCAACUUCAUCCACAAACUCAAGCAUCUGCCAGAAAAGUACAUGAUGAACAGUGUGCUGGAAAACUUCACUAUUUUACAGGUUGUGACAAACAGGGACACCCAAGAAACAUUGCUUUGCAUAGCAUUUGUGUUUGAGGUCUCAACGAGUGAACAUGGGGCUCAAUAUCAUGUCUACCGGCUUGUCAAGGACUAAGAGGUCCUUGUGAGAAGUGGGUGCCGUCCUUGUGCUGCCUGACAAAAAAUUUAUAAAGCCAAAAAGAAAAAAAAUACAGAAAAGUGAAACUUACAAAAAAUCUUUUAUAGC